AGCUCACAAAACUAAACAAACAAAAGAGCUUAGGCGGAGAAGAAGAGGGAACCAAACACCAAACAAACAACAAUGGCUGUCUCAACUAUCUACUCAACACAAGCUCUUAAUUCAACUCAUUUCUUAACCUCUUCUUCCUCCUCCAAACAAGUUUUCCUCUACCGUCGUCAACCACAAACCAACCGGAGAUUCAACACACUCAUCACUUGCGCACAAGAAACCAUCGUGAUCGGACUAGCUGCCGACUCUGGCUGCGGCAAAAGUACCUUUAUGCGGAGGCUCACCAGCGUCUUCGGUGGCGCUGCUAAGCCACCAAAAGGCGGGAACCCUGAUUCCAACACACUCAUCAGCGACACGACCACUGUGAUCUGUCUUGACGAUUACCAUUCCUUGGACAGGUACGGUCGCAAAGAGCAAAAAGUCACCGCUUUGGACCCACGAGCUAAUGACUUUGAUCUCAUGUAUGAGCAAGUCAAAGCUCUUAAGAGUGGUGUUGCCGUUGAGAAACCGAUAUAUAACCAUGUCACUGGACUUCUUGACCCGCCUGAGCUUAUUCAGCCUCCUAAGAUUCUUGUCAUCGAAGGUCUUCACCCAAUGUUUGAUGAGAGAGUGAGAGACUUACUAGACUUCAGUAUCUACUUAGACAUUAGCAACGAAGUCAAAUUCGCAUGGAAAAUUCAGAGGGACAUGGCUGAAAGAGGUCACAGUUUGGAGAGCAUCAAAGCGAGUAUCGAAGCCCGAAAGCCCGACUUCGAUGCAUUCAUCGACCCGCAAAAGCAGUAUGCGGAUGCGGUCAUUGAAGUGCUUCCUACGACGCUGAUCCCAGAUGACAACGAAGGGAAAGUGUUGAGAGUGAGACUGAUAAUGAAGGAAGGAGUUAAGUACUUCAGCCCGGUUUAUCUGUUUGAUGAAGGUUCAACAAUCUCGUGGAUCCCUUGCGGCCGCAAACUCACUUGCUCGUACCCUGGCAUCAAGUUCAACUACGAACCUGAUUCAUACUUCGACCAUGAGGUAUCGGUUUUGGAGAUGGAUGGACAGUUUGAUAGACUGGACGAGCUGAUUUACGUGGAGAGUCACUUGAGCAACCUCUCGACCAAAUUCUACGGCGAAGUCACUCAACAAAUGCUCAAACAUGCUGACUUCCCGGGUAGCAACAACGGGACUGGUCUAUUCCAAACCAUUGUUGGAUUGAAGAUCAGAGACCUCUAUGAGCAGCUCAUUGCCAACAAAGCCACUGCUCGUGCAGAAGCUAAAGCCUAAAACAAACAAAGAGAAGCCAAAUAGAACGCGUCGAUAAAUCCAUCCGCAGUUUCUUCUUUUCUUAUUUCCUUCUUUCCUUAUGCAUUGUUUACCGCGGAUUUUCAUGGCGAAAAGGACGGUCUUGCUUGUUUUGUAAUUUGUGUGGAGAUAAAAAGAAAAAGCCUGUAAUGUAGAGAAGUGAAUAGAAGAGCAAUAACAGUUCAGUUUAUAG